AAAGAGAGGAAGAAAAAAAGAGAGAGAGAGAGAGAGAGAGAGAGAAAAGAAAAGAAGUAAUUUUUGGUUGAAUUGCUUCUCUUUCUACUCCUUUUGCUGCCAUUAAACAAUGAAAAUGGCAGAUUCCCAAUCAUCCUAUCCCCUCUAUAGGAAACACCCAUCAUAGCAUCCAACCAUCCUUUUCACAUUGGAACCCGAGCUUUUAAGUCAUUCCCUUUGGCCACCACCACCACCUUCUUCUUCUUCUUCUUCUUCUUUCUUCCAUUUCACCUCCUUUUCUGUUGUAAGUCAAAUCACUCUCUCUCCCUCUCUCUCUCUCUAUUUCAAUUUUCAUUCAUGGAUCCUUCUUCCACUUCUGUCAAUGGUUUCUACUCCUUCCUCACUCGUGGCAUCGAUGAUCUUGAACGCUCCUUCUCCUCAAACAACUUCAUGUCGAUCCAAUUCCUUCAACGGGUCAUCUCUCUUCUCCGCUCCUUCCAUUCCCAGCUCACCCUCUUGGUUCAGAAGCUCCACCUGCCUGUUGGAGAGAAAUGGCUCGACGAGUACAUGGACGAGAGCUCCAGGCUCUGGGAAGCAUGCCAUGUCCUCAAGUCCGGCAUCUCCGGCAUGGAGAAUUAUUAUUCAGCUGGCAUCGAGGUGGCAUCUUCCCUCGAUGGACACCGCAAUCCAAGCAUCCAGCUCUCACGUCAGGUCAUGCGGGCAAUCUCCGGGUGCCGCAGAGAAGCCAUGGGCUUGGAAGAAGAGAACAGAGUCUUGAUGGAGAACAGAAUCCAACCGCUCUCGCUCCGUUUUGAUGAGAAGGUCUCGAUUGAAUCCAAACUCAAUGGAUUCAAUGGUUUCAGGGGCGUUCUCUAUGCGAUGAGGAAUGUCAGCUCUCUCCUCCUCAUGAUCUUGCUCUGGGGACUGGUCUGUUGCUGGCCUGAUUCCAGCUCCCGCCGAGGCGUGGAGGGCUGUUUGUUUUUUGGGUCGGCAUUCAUGGUAUCGACGGCGAGGCUUCAGCAGCGGGUGGUGGCGGAGAUUAACAGGAUCGAUGGGCGGCCAGGGAUUCUGCUGUAUGAGUUCCGGAGGGCAAGGAUUUCAAUGGACGAGCUGCGAGCAGAGCUGGAUAGGAGGUCUCAAGGGAUGAUCGAAUGCGAAGCCGAUGGGAAUUUCCGUGAAAGGGUUGAGAAUUUGAAGGGGUGUUUUGGGAUGUUGAAAUCAGGAACUGAGAGUAUUGCAGGACAGCUUGAUGAUUUCUUCGAUGAGAUUGUUGAAGGGAGAAAGAAGCUGAUGGAUAUUUGUAGUCACAGGUAAGAGAGAGAAGAUUAUGAAGGGAGAAGGGAAAACAGGUUUUGGGAGGAUUCUGUUUUUGUUUUUCUUUCUUUUGUUUCCUCUUGUUUUUGCAGUUACAGUUGAAGAUUUUGCAGACAGCAUUGCAAGAAGAAGAAGAAAAAAACAGGUUUCUAGUGAGAAAGAAAAAAUACCCAUCUCCAGUAAAGAGGAUUAAAAAAAAAAAAAAAAAAAAACAAAUAUUCCACUUCAAUGGAAAUUCAGGCAAUCUAAACAGCAUCUUCUCUCUGUAAAUUUCUUCAAAAGGGAAAAUGAUAUCUUCUUCUUGUCUCACAAGGCAUUACAAACAAAACCCAGUUACAUAUAUGAAGUAUAUCUGCAUAUGGUUAUUGAGAUAUGAAAACCAGAAAAUAGAAACCUUUCUCUUUCA